CAACUAACUUAAUAGAUUUCUUUUUUUCGGUUUCUAGAAAAAUUUGCAUCUUUCAAUUUUCUCGAGAAAAAAAAAAUUAAAGGAUUAAAAUGUCAUCUCUGGGAACAUCGAAAGGGAUUUUGGAGAUCGCUAAGUUCGGUCUGUACGUCAGCGUUCCAAUCUUUCUUAUGUACACUUUCGCCAACAACACCAAGAAUAUCCAGAAAGUUAUGGGCAAUCGGUCUUACGUAGUCUAUCCCCCGGAGGGACCAAGGCCUCCAUCACCAGAGGAACUGAGGGAGAUGGCUCGAGAACUAGCCCGCAAGAACAACAUUCGUUAAAUACUCCUUAGUGUUGUAAGUUACCGAUGUAUUUUUCAGUUGUAUUUUCUGGUACUUCUGAAGAAUCAAUAUGUAUGUAAUAUGUGAUAAGCAUCGUGGAUUUUAUUUCAGAAUUGAAAUAAAUGUCUUUUCUGGGUAA